UGGUGUGUUGGUGGGCGUGUUUGUAUAGUCAAAACAGGGAUGAGUUUAAUAGCUCCAUACAGAGACACAAGUUUACAUUUCCCAGUCUAUAGCUCUGUUAUAUUUCAGAGACCAACAGCAAGUUUUCACUGAGAAGGCCAUGGAAUUGCUGAACCCUCUUUCACUACUUUUAGCAACAGUCCAGCUGCACUUUGUUUUCUCUUCCGAUGUGUGCCCAAAUGCAGGAGAUUUAGAAAUUGGCAAUUUAACUUGGAAACUUGAAUGUUGUAUGAGCAACAGAAAACAAUUCACACUGAAAAUUGUGGCUCAAAAAUUGGACUCAUUGGACUCGAUGUACAGCUCAGAAACAUGUCCUGGCACCAAUUACAGAGAGCGAAAGUGUUUGAAUUUCUCUCUAGCGGUAGAAAAUGGAAUUAUAAAGGUCUCUGUAAACGAUACAGUUUGUAAGGAAAACUACACUCAGCCUGAAUGCCACCCAAAUGUCACUUUCAACAAUACAGCUGUAAAUCUUCCACAACAAAAUAGAAAUAUCUGCUUCAACAUGUCAUCAAAGAAUGGCAUGAAAGUAAAGAUUAAAUUUCAAUGUCCUGAGUACCUUGCUGCUAACAUCAGUCUACACAGCGAAAGUAAAAGUUGGAUUGAUGCCUUGGAGGACUGCCAGACGCAACAUUUCUCCCUGGUUGAGAUCUGUGAAAAGAAAGUAAGGGAUGAUGUGAAAAGACUGCAAAAUAAAACAGACUCAAAGACGGGGGUGUGGAUUGGACUGCAAAGGUCCAUUUUUGGCUACAGUCCUGAGUGGAAGUGGAUUUCAGGGUAUAAUGUUGUAAAAUCACAGUUGAAUAGAACGUCGUCCGCCAACUCUGACUUUGACAACCACUGUGGAAAAGUCAUCUUUGAUAAUAAGACAGAAGAAAUCAAGUGGUCCAACGCCAACUGCCAUGAAAAAUUACCAUACAUUUGUCAAAGAAUGAAUGAAAAGCCUUGUACUGAUGAUUAUACAGAGAAGUCAGAGCUUUUCAUUGACAUUGACUGAACUGAUAGCACCAAAGAAAACAAUACGCAGCAUCUCCAAUCAUCAUCAUGUCAAGGUGAGAUUCCUGGAGAAGCAGAUGGAUGACCCAACAACCCCAAUGUGUAUAUAUGCUGUUUGUAUGUAUGUAUGUAUGCUGUAGUGUUGUAUUUCACAGGAAAACUACUUUGGUUACUGUCAUUUGCAAGCUUUGUUAAAUUACCAGUUCACCCACCACUUCUCAGAAGUACUUGUAUUUGUCAAAGACGCUUCUAUGUAAAGAGUCGAUGGAUUAUUUUUGUCAUUAAAAACCUAAAUAUCUGGCUAAUUUAACCGAGCGGUUAUAAGAAAUGACAUUUUUAAACAUUGAA